AAAAAGACUCAGCAAUGCAAAUUUACUUUAGAACAGUUCCAAUUUACUUCUGGAUAUUCACAAUUUGGUGCAUGUCUAAAGUCUAUCAGUACAUGUUUAACGAGGAUCAAACAAUUUGGGAAUUAAUAUGGAAAAAAAGUUUAAAGCUAUUCGGAGACGAUGAGUACAGCUUAUUUGUAAAUGGCAUAUUGGCUACAUCAACGAUCGUUUUAGUUUCAUUAAUGACAAUUUAUUCCAUAUUUGAUUUUACAUUGAAGCCAGAUUUUAUUCGUAAAUAUAAAAUCAAUCCAAAAUCAAAUGAACCACCGGACGUAAAAAAGUUUAUGAAGGUUCUUCUUUGUGCCAGUUUUACAGGAGUGUUUCUGACAAAGCCUGGAUUUAUGGCUGUUUACUACGCAUUUAAAUGGCGAGGAUUUCCAAACAUUCACAUUUUGCCAAAUAUUACCACAGUCAUGAUCACAUGCUUUAUAAAUGAUCACAUCUAUGAUAUUGCAAAUUAUACUGUCCAUCGCACAUUGCAUCACAAGCUUCUAUAUAAGCACAUCCAUAAAAUGCACCACGAGUUUAUCUCAAGCAUUGCAAUUGCUUUGAUUCACGCCCAUCCAAUUGAGCAUUUGUUUUCAAAUAUAUUCCCGAUUGCAAUUGUUCCAUUUGUGUUAAGAUGUCAUAUAAGUACAGCAUGGAUCUGGGUGAUGGUUCUUCUAGCUUCAUCAAUUAUUGAACAUUCUGGAUAUCACUUGCCAUUCAUCAAUUCAACUGAAUUUCAUGAUUUUCAUCAUGUUAAAUUUGAUUCCAACUACAGCACAUUAGGACUCAUGGAUCGGAUCUUUGGAACAGACAAGGCUUACAGAAAUUCAAUUAAUGCUAAACGUGACAAGUUAUUGUUAUCAUUCAAGUCCACUAGAGAAUUGUAUCCAGAUGAAGACAGUAAAGUUAUGAAAAAUCAAUAAAUUUAUUUUAUAUGAAUUGA